UCGUCAGUCUGAAAGAAGAGGAGCAGCAGGAGGAGACGGAGCAGCCUCCUUUCCUCUCUAAUGACGAACUCUCAUUCCCAAUCUCUCCAACUCCUCUCUAACAACUCAGCCUCCAGGAUUCUCCUCCAUCGCUUCCCCUCUUCCUCUUUUCAGUUGCACCUAUUUUUUUUUUUUUUUACUUUAUCUAAAGCCCCCCUCCCUCCGCACCAACCCAACACCUUCAGAGAUGUGAGUAGAUAAUGAGGACCCCCCCCUCCUCCCCCUCCCGCCAUCGGUGACUUGUCUUUUCCGAGCUUCAGAGAGAGCCGAACAUCCUCAUCUUCCACCCCCAGUUUUUUUUCUGGACCAUCAUCUGUCUUUCAACAAUGUAGGAGAAGGUGCGCUGUCAUUUUAGAGAGGAUGCCAACUACAAGCCUGGUCUCUGGUCUCCGCAUCUUCCAGCUUUGUCUUUGCAGCCGGAGGGGGUGAAGAUGAAAGAUAUGCGUGAAGGCAAAGUUUGAGGGUACCUCCUCUGGUUUCCCGCUCACCUGUCCGCCUGCACGCGCCUACCCCCUCUCUCCUUUUUAACUGAUAACGAGGAAGAUUGUCGUCCACAGAACAAUUGACAAGCAACUUGACAAGAGACCUGACUGUUUGCUCUGGUGGGUUUUUUUUAGUGGGAUUUGGCAGCGGCAUCGGAGGAAUUUGAUGUGCGCAACGUUUGAAGGAUAUGGCUUAAAUAAUGUUUGCGUUAAUGACAGCUGGAGUACGGUCCGUCACCUGAGUGUUGUCUUUAUCAGCUACUGUCGACUUUGGUGGAAACCCAUCUAAAUGGGAGGAUACCUGGAAGACUGAGUCGGAUUCGGCAGUCGAGAAAAAAUGUGGAUAAAACGGAGUGUUGCGCGCAGUCCGUCUGCUCUGAGGCCAGGCAGCUGUGUGGGGCACCGGGUGUGGAUCCUCCUGGCCAUGACCCACCUCACCCUGGACUUCUCUGUGUGCAGUCCCCUCAGUCAAGGUCUGGGGAUCAAACUCAUGCCCAAAUCUGUGCCUCGCUCACGGCCUCGCUUGCAGCCCCUCUGGGACACUCCCAAUAAACUUCACUGGAGAACAGUCAGCCCGUUAGCCCAUCGGCUCUUCAACCCUAUCCCUCCACCCCAAGACAACAGGGCAGGGAUAGGGGAAAAAGUCAAGGGUCAAAAGCAUCGGAAACCAGCACAUAAAGGACAAGCAGUGUGCAAGGAGUGCCGGUCGAGAUACUCUGAAAUGGAGAAAGGUGAUCCUUUGGCUGGAAUAGCAGAAGCUCCAGCAGCUUUAUCCAGUGGGAGCAGAGGAGACACAGUGAGGUUGUUAUUUAGAGCCAGAAGGCAGCUCAAAUGGGACAGCUAUGACAAGUCUCAGGAGGGCCGGACUACCACGGUGGCCGGAUUUAUCGACUGGGGACCCACAGGAACAGACAGCAUAGAUGGCGAUGACAAACCGGAGCCAAAUGUAACGCUGUUCACCAGGGUCUCAACUACCACAGUGGCCACAACCACUAGCACUACAACCAGGCCCUCCCAAAGGACGUUCACUGUAGUGACCACACCAGAGCCCAAGAGGCCGAGCACCACCAAGGCCCCUGUCAGCUCGGAGACUGUCAAACCACCAAAGCCAUAUGGGGAAACACCAGGUUUGGCAGUUCACCAGAUAAUCACAAUCACUGUGUCUCUCAUUAUGGUCAUCGCAGCCUUGAUCACAACACUCGUCCUUAAAAACUGCUGUGCGCAGUCGGGAAAUGGUCGCCACAAUAGCCAUCAGCGCAAGAUCCACCAGCAGGAGGAGAGCUGCCAAAACCUGACAGACUUCACCCCGGCCCGGGUGCCCAGCAAGGUGGACAUAUUCACUGCCUACAAUGACAGCCUGCAGUGCUCACAUGAGUGCGUUCGGACUGCCGUGCCCAUCUACACCGACGAGAUGAUUCAGCAGACGCCUGUCUACAAGAGUGCUUACAAUGGAAACAGGCCCUCCCCCACUGAAAGACAACUGAUUCCUGUGGCCUUUGUGUCGGAGAAAUGGUUUGAGAUCUCUUGUUGACGAGCUGAAGACCUUGUUCACUUCCUGUGGGUGGAAGAGACUUCCUGAAAUCACGCUCUGGAUCCAGUUGGAAACAAGAAACACACAAAAACAGCUUCUUUUUGUAAAGUAGUGUGAUCACUCUUUGGACACUGGUGAAGAUAUUUAUUUUUCUAGAGAUGACAAGCAGAGCAGCCACACAGCGCUGCCACUCCAUAUUUCCAGGAACGUACACUCAUUUAGAUAUAGAUUAUAUAUAGGUAUAUUUACAGGAUGUGUGGGACAAGACUGUGGUUGUCACAGAUGUCUCAAGGAAAAAAACUAAAACAUUUGACAUUUGAAAAAGGAACCCAAGGAGGUGCUGUGGGUGGACGAUGAACUGUAUUUAUGAACAAUGUGCCAAUAAUGCCACUAUGUGCCACAACCUGGAUAGAAGGACGUUUCGACGACAACUGAUGGACUAAACAAAGAGCGCUAUAUUAACCCUGUAUUGACUCCAACUGCAUUGUUUUUUUUCUUGUUUUGUUUGUUUUUUUUUUUUAAAGAAAUGUGAAAGUUAAAAAUGCUACAAAUGUAUUUGAAUAUGUUUUGAAAUAGUUUUAAGAAAUGUGUUGAAAAGAAUCUUAAAGAUAUUUAUAUGAAGCACUAUUCUAUUAGUUGGAGAAGAGAGAAGACAGAGAAAAAGGAAACGGUAUAUGCUUUAUCGAACAGUUGAUUUUAAAAACAUCGUUUCUACAGGUCCCAUUUUAAAAACAGAAUAGUUAUGUCUAUUUUUUUACACAGUAGAGUCUGCCACAGCCCUAACAGUGGAGGUCUGACGCACCCGGGAUUCACCACUGUUAAUUAAAAUCCUCCCACCCGAGCUGAGAUUAUAACAAAGAAAACCAUCUGAAUACACCUGGUGUGAGCCAAACCAACGCCUGCUCCAGCUGCUUAUUGUGUCCGAUUUGAACCUGAUUUGGGUCAAAAGGAAAAUACACAGACGGUUUGUGUGGUGCAGGCUCAUAGCUUCAAUGACUCCCAUAGCAGCAAAUUCAUGUACAGAUAGAUAGAGGACAGCCACAACAGACUGCAUGGAGCUGGACAGGACAUUCAUACUGCCUCAGGUCUGUCGAGCUCUUUUGCACACUAUAUCCUGUAUGUUGGUCUCAGUCUCAGCAGCUGUUUGGGAUAAAUCCUAAUGACUGGUUAUGAUUCAUAUCUGAGCUGCAACACUAAAAGGGUGGAAUAGAUUCAAUUUGAGCUUCACAUUCAAAUAAUUCAUGUGAUAAUUUGCAUAAAUAGGAAAGAGAUUGAAAAAUUAAUCCCUCCACAGAUAGUAAAUGAAUAUCCCCUCCCAACGCCCAGAUUGGUUCAUUUUGACAAAUUAUUUUUGAAACCUAAGUCUGAAUUAUAGUUAGAAAGUCAAGAAGAACAUGAACCAAUUUGUUGAGGACAGAGUAUAAAAUUAUCUCCAGUUUUUCAGCUGAUAGUGAAGAGGGAGAAGCUGCGACAGAGGUGCUGCAGAGGGGGUCCCCUCCCCCAAGAAUCAAAAUGAUCUGCACCAUGGGUUUUAAAUGCAGGAUAUACGGAGGAAGGAAUUCCCUCUCUGAAUGUGUGGUAAGGGUUAGUUCGCUCUCUGCAGAGCCAGAUCCACUCAAUACUUGAGGACAAAUAUUUCUAGCAUAUCAGAUUUUCAGCUAUCACAGCCAGUGUGUCAGGGGAUUGUGCACAAAUAGAUUGUCGUCAUUUGUGCCAAAGGAAGCGAAAAUACGAAACCUGUGAGAAAGUUUGUUCUCUCAGAAAGCGGAAACACUCCGUCAGUGUAUUGUUGAAGUAAGGGGAUUAGGACGAGCCAGUCAGCCGCUGCCAAAUUGGUUUAAACUAUCUCUUAAGUCAAGGUGAGGGAACUCGUGGUCAGGAAGGAUGGUAAAGCUCUCCUGAGAGCUUUCUAGCACCAAUAAUUUUAUUAUCAACCUCAAGCUCUGAAAGACAGAUUACCUUUGUGCUAUGAAGCUUUUGAGGGAGCCUCUGAAUCUACCUUUUCUUGUGCUGUGGGUUUGUAUCAAAGCACAAAUACAACUCUGUAAUUGUAAACGUUUUUGGCUGAAGACAGCAAUAUGUACAGAUUGAAAAAAAAAGAGAAAGAAAAAAGGUGGUUUUAUUGCGUGUCGACGGUGGAGCUCCAGUAAAUUUGCUUAGGUGGUCUUAGCCUUGUGCUCACUUCCUUAAAAGAAAACAGGUUGUCCCAGUGAGAUCAGCAUCUAUAAAUGUGAGCCAUUCAGAAGGUGCCAGUUAAUGGCCUGGGAUAAACACUGUGGUGCAAAACUCCUGCUUUUGCCCAUUCACAAACAUGAAAACCACUCUCAUGAAUGACCCAUACCAGUUCAGCCUCACGCGUGUGUCAGGCUAUGGAGUUGCUUCUUUGACAUAACAUAUAUUUUUUUGAAUGAAGAGUGUUAUCUUACUAGUCAGAGGGUUACAAAAACUUACUGUAUAUUAUACACGUGUAAAUGUAUUUUCUAUAUAUUUGCUUCUAUUUGUGUACAGGUGUGUUCUAUUUUUCAAGACCUCUCCCAUUUUUGGGAAGGUUUCAGCUAGGUCGGGGAUAGUGUCUUUGUUUACAUGUGUAACUACGGUAUUUCUUUCAAAACACAAAACUAACCUUGUGCCAAGCUUCCUACCUGCACUUUCGAGCAGUACUUGUAUUAUAUCUUUAGCUAACCAGUAUAAUACUUCAGUAGACGCUGCAAUAGUUCAGAGACUGGAGAGAGAGGUCUGAACGUGACAGUGCUGAGUGGUUGAAGAGGUGUUGUGAUCAUAUCUUGGGCUCUGCUGUAUUCAUGGUUGGCUGGGAAACCAAUGACUUGCUGUUCUUCAACAUCAUUUCUACAUGAACUAAUAUAGAGUGUUCUAUCACAUGAAUAAAAAAAAAAAAAGUGUGAAUCCAACAGUAGCUGCCAAGAAACUAACUAAACUUGAUCUAUACUGGGUUGCAUUCAUCUGUCAUACCUCUCAUUUUAGUGAAAGGAAGAUGGUGUGUGAAGAACUCUUUGUCUGCAUUUUCCUUUUUAAUUCAACUGCUAAAUCAACCCAUUUAAAAGUAUCAGACUUCAUACAGUGAUGUGGGGAGCCUUUCACUUUUUUCAUUAAUCAAAGUAUUUAAAGGAUAAUUUUGGUUUAUUUCAACUUUGGCUUUAUUCUCUGCCAGCAGCAGCAGGCUUUACUGGUCUAUCAGGUGUUCUAUCUACCACUCUGGUGCAGGCUGAAAUAUCAUCAUAAUUCGUACAUGGACUGAGCCCCUAACUGGCAUGCUAACAUGCUAACCCAAGCAUGUUGGUGUUGUAACUGUGCAUGCAUGUUCAGUACAGCCUCAGUGAAGUCCAGGUACAUGACUACAGAAGUCUGACAGGGUAAAACACGAGCGCACGAGCAUCACAGCAAGUGUGAGAGGUCAAACUUCCUAAAGUGUCCCUAAAGCGUGUAAACUAUCUUUACCAGUGGCCCGUUUUUCUUGCCUCGUCACACUCUGGUGAUGUCACUUUCCAAGAUCUCAGAAAUUAACUUGGUGAGUACAAUACUAUUAUUACUAAAAGUAUUAACACAAGACCCAAGUUGCAGUAAACCCAAAUUAUCCUUGUGAGAGAAUCACACUAAAGUAUCUUAAAGAAAUUCCCUAUUUACACCUAAACUUUCAGACAUUUGAGCUGUUGAAUUUCUGUAAAAUGUUUCAUCAGAGAAGGUACUUCUUGUUGCCAAGUUUCUGCACUACUGUACCUGAUAAUUGUGUGACAGUGUGACCCUACUGCAAAUGGUUGAAAGUUGAUGAUUGUGUGGAACUAAUUUCUGACUCUUUGAAACUUACAAGUCACAUCACUGAACGAAGGGAAAAUUUGACAUUUUAAAUUUUGUUCUGUGUUUCAUACUGUGGGGGGAAAAAAGGUCUCUAUGGUUUUACUUCAGUUAGCCUCGAAAAGUUUGUAUGCAUUGUUAGCAUCCCUCAUUAAAACCACAGGGAGCUGCUAGCUAAAAGCAAUUCACUUUGCAUUCACAAAGGACAUUUAGACAAGGAAAAUGUAACUCACAGCUAUGAUAUAUGUAUAUUUGGAGACAUCUGCAUAAAUCAGCCUUCUUCCUUUUACCUCUGUCUGAAAUCAAACUGAUAUGUAAGGAAAUGCCUUACUGCUUUCUUGCCUUUUCAGUUUAUAUUUCAGGAUAGCUGAUGAGUGUGGUGUAUUAUAGCUAAGAGGGAGGAAAAUGAUUCCACUCCAGUGGUCAGGUUUGAUUCAGGAAACAUUAUCUGAGAGCAGCGCAGGAAAAGGCAGGAGGACCAAGGAGAGGGGGGAGAGUUGUAGAGAAGUCUUAAACAGACACCAAAGACUUGACAUGCCUUUUUCACAACGAAUGAAUAUUUUGCGGCUCCCAUUUCUGUCUCUUCAGCAACCCACAAAACCUAUGCUCCCUUCAGCACAAACAAGCUAUCAAUCAGCAAGGCUUUCUCCUGUCAAGAUGAAGGAUAUGACUGUGGUUCCUGUUUUGCAUGUCACAUACAGAGUGGAACUUAUUGACAUAUGUAUUGUUAGAUGUUGGCUGAACCUCUCCAAGGCCAAGGUUUGUUUUCACCGGAAGCAUUCACACGAGGGGAGAGGAAUCAAUGUACUGAUUCUGUUUAAUCACGGCCUUUGGGUGUCUGGUUAGCUAGAAACAUGUUUCACAGCUCAGCAUGCAUGGAUAGUGAUGUUAAUUUUAAAAAAGCAGGUUGUUCAAACAGCAAGGUGAGACUCAGCAGGAAGAGGAAAAUAUCUGAUUUGACAAUGAAAAAGUUCAACUCAGAGGAAGGACAGAGUUUAUCUCUAUAGACAGAUAUGUAUCUUACUGAAUCCAUUUCUUUAGCCAUCAGAAAACUGUAGCUCCUCACUCUGCUUCUCCUCAUCCUCUGCGUCUCCGAAAAAAUCACGUACUGUGCGCUUACUGUAUCUAAAGCGGAGGGCUCCGACUCUCCUCUCGGGUCAUGUUUUUACUUUUCUAUUCACAAGAGCUAAGGCACUGUCACUGUCAGUGCUUAUCAAUACAGUCAAAGACUUGAAAAAAGAAAAGCAACACUUUGUUUGCAACAUCUCAAUUCUCCCAUAAUCCCUCAGCUAGAUGGAGACUAGCUACGUGACACAAAUCUGCCGUAGUGGCAUUAGAUUAGAGGACCUCCGACGCUGUGCGACGCCUUCAGAACAAAGUGUAGGCCUGAUAUGAGCUACACUGCAUGAGGGAUAACAGAGAAAUAUUGAUCCACGGCUGGUUAUUCCCUAAAAGUUUGUUCAAAUUCAGAGUGAGCAGAGGUGUCAAAAAAAAAAAAAAAAACACAAAACAAAACAAAACAAAAAAAAACACCCAUAAAUAUCAUACAUACAGUUUGAAUUUUAAGGGGUGAGGAAGUAGUGUAGGAUAUCUUUUUCUUUUUGGGGGGGAGGGGAGGGCUUUUCACACAAGGACACACAGUGGUUUGUUCAUCGAAGCCGACUUACAAUCACACUUCAUACCUACCAUGAAGGAACCUGACUCGAGUUGUGUUGUCGCCAUAAAAAUGAAGAGUUUGUACUUUGUGACUCUUAAACUUUUUAUAUUUGUGUUUAAUAUAUCAAUGAGUACCUCUGUUAACUUUUGUAUAAGACCUAUGACUAUAAUAUAUACAAAUACACACACACACACACACACUCAUGCACACACACAUACACAUCUCCACAAAAGGGACUCCAGUCUGUCUCUGUGACGGCUAAAUGUUGUAUAACUUUUAUUUUGUGUCUUAUGAACCACAUCUCUUCCUUUUGUAGUUAUUGGUAAACGUUUCGAUUUCCAGGUGACUUUGAUUUGGUUACUCUUGUACUACUAAGCUCUGUAUUUGCAAGCACUGUAAAUGCGAUUCUCAUUGGAUUCGUCCUCUGUACAUUUAGUACUCUGAUGUUGCUAUUAAUAAAAUGUAAAACAACAUGGGCUUUGUGCUAUAGGGAGUUUGUUGGAAUGAGUCCGGGGGAGGGCAGUGAUCAGGGCAAACAGCACAAAAUAAAAGAUUUGAAUAUGAA